AUGGAAAAAUUUUUGUCAGAGUUACCCAGUGUGGCUUCACUCAAAAUACCCAGGUACAUUCCGAUCGAUCAGUCUUGUCAUGUUCAGUUACUCGGUUUUUCCGAUGCGUCAAAGAAGGGAUUUGCAGCGAUUGUCUACAUUCGGUUAGAGUACCCUUCAAAAUUAUCAACGGUACAUUUACUAACUGCAAAAUCAAAGGUGGCACCCCUGAAGUCAGGAAAUAUGGACGAGUCGUUAUCUAUUCCACGAUUGGAACUUUGUGGGGCCCUGUUACUUGCCCAAACGCUAAAUCGUGUUCAACAAACUCUUGCCAAAAUGGUUAAAAUCUCCACUAUGCAUGCAUGGACGGAUUCCACUGUUGUGCUCGCGUGGAUAACCGCUCACCAAGUACAAUUUAAGGUAUUCGUCACAAACAGGUUGAAUAAGAUCACGGAACUGAUACCAUCAUGCACAUAUCGUCACGUUUCCACGAUGAACAACUCAGCAGACUGUGUUUCACAUGGAAUGCAUGUCAACGAAGCACUGUCACAUACUCUGUACUGGACCGGUCCCGAGUUCCUGCGUCAGCCGGAGAGUGGCUGGUCGUCCACUAGUUAUAACGUCAUGCCACUCGAAAGACUCCCAGAACGGCAGACCACUACAGAAUCAAUUAAUCUUGUCACCGUUCCGACCCACAGUACCGAUUGGUUACAGCGUUUUUCUUCAUUCACUCGAGUCACUCGAAUUGUCACUCACAUGUAUCGGUUUAUACUUCGUAUUCGAAAUCAAUUUUCAUAUUCAGGUUUUAUUUGUUGGUCAGAGCUAGAGCAUGCCCUCAAGGUAAUCGCAAAAGUCACUCAAUCACAUGAAUUUCGAGACUUAAUCAAAAUAUUGUCAUGCCACAGAAAUGGUACAAUUCCACUAUCCGUUGCGCGACUUGCGCCAUUCCUAGAUACUGAAGGAAUUGUCCGAGUUGUAGGACGUAUGCAAAAUGCAAGGUCCAAGGAGGAUUUCAAAUUUCCAAUAUUACUGCCAAAGUCCUGCGUACUCCCUACAUUACUUGUGCGUCAUUAUCACACUAAACAUUUGCACGCAGGACCUCAACUGGUGUCAUUGCUGUCCGUUCGUUUUUGUAUAUUGUCAAGUCGGUCCAUCAUCCACUCAGUCAUAUUCAAAUGCAUGGUUUGUGCAAGACAACGAGUCACUCGGCCUACACCUGUAAUGGGAGACUUGCCAAAUUUUCGAGUUAGUCCUUCGAGGCCAUUCAACAACGUCGGCAUUGAUUACGCAGGCCCAUUAUGGAUUAAAGAAGGGAGACGCCGCAACGCUCGCUCAGUGAAGUGUUAUCUGGCGAUCUUUGUCUGUAUGCAUUUCAAUCCUCCUGCAGCCCCUAAUUUUGGCGGACUAUGGGAAGUAGCUGUGAAGUCAACAAAAUAUCCUCUCAAACGAGUCAUUGGUACUCAGCUGUUGACAUUUGAGAAAAUGUCCACCUUAGCUCACAGAAUUGAAGCUCUGCUCAACUCAAGGCCACUUGUACCACAAUCAUCUGACCCAAGUGACCUACGAGUGCUAACUCCUGGAGACUCUCUGAUCGGUUAUCCAUUAGUUGCGUUACCAGAAUCAGAUCUGACUUCCACGCUGAUGAACCCCAGAUAG